AUUAACAUUAUCAACACUUUGGUUUUUAUUACUUUAUUUUUUUUUCUUACAAGGAGGCAAAACAGAGAGAAGCUUUAACGGAGCGAAAUAGAUCAAAUCCCGGCUACCUGCAUUUUGAUUCUUUUCUUCUUCUGGGGUCUCUGUAAUUAUCUCAAUCCCUGAAUCCUCUGUUCUACUGGAGAAGAAAUAAACCAAAAAAAAAGGCUGAAACUUUACUCAAAAACAAAACAAAUGGCGAACAGAGGAAGAAACAGAUCGGAGAAAGUCAAGAGAAUCUUCCACCAGUUCGACAAGAACCGCGACGGCGGGCUCGACCGGGAAGAGAUGGCGUCCCUCGUCGUUGCCGUGAACCCCAGGGUCAAAUUCAGCGACGAGCAGAUCAACGCGAUCCUCGACGAAGUCUUCAGAACCUACGCAGAGUUCAUCGAUCCAAACAAGGGUCUGACCCACGAAGGUCUCCUCCGUACUUACGACGACGGCGCAGGAGACGUCGACAGAGACUUCGAAGCCUUAGGGCUCGAGCUAAAUGAGGAGGUUACAAAACUCUCCGAGGAGGAGGCUUCGUCGUCUUCUAUUACAGAGGAGAGAGAUGUGGAGAAGCAGAGGAAACAGAGGACGGAGGCUUGGGCGGUUUCUCCCAAUCACGGGAUCGUGUUCGACGACACGUGGAAGCUGGUGGACGAUUUGGAGAUUUUAGUGAAGAGAUUGAAGUCGAAACAGGAGAAAGACGGGAGCUUUAACAACAACAAUGCUGCUGAUGCGUUUUCAGACGGAGGUUGGUCUAAAGAGUUAGGUCCGUCUUCCUCCGAAGUCUCGGACAAGAGAGUCUACUACGAAGAGUCGAGUCACGACUACUCGGUCUUUGUCAAGGAGCUGGGAGCGUUGAGAAGCAGAGCAGAUGGAGCUAGAUCGAGAGAGGAAGCCUUCGAUGGACACAUGGCGAUCGGUAAAGUGUUGUACAAGCACCAGUUAUUCAAAGAAGCGCUCGUUAGCUUCAAGAGAGCUUGCGAGCUCCAGCCUACUGACGUGAGACCUCAUUUCAAAUCAGGGAACUGUCUCUACGUUUUGGGGAGAUGCAGAGAAGCUAAAGACGAGUUCUUGUUGGCCUUGGAAGCUGCUGAGUCCGGUGGAGUGAACCAAUGGUCUUACCUGCUUCCUCAGAUAUACGUCAACCUCGGUAUCUCCCUGGAAGGUGAAGGUAUGGUUUUGAGCGCGUGUGAGUAUUAUAGAGAAGCUGCGAUUCUGUGUCCAACGCAUUAUAGAGCGUUGAAGCUACUAGGUAGUGCGUUGCUCGGUGUGGGAGAGUGUAGAGCGGCGGUUAAGGCCUUGGAGGAAGCUAUAUUCUUGAAACCGGAUUACGCUGAUGCUCAUUGUGAUCUAGCUUCUUCCUUGCAUUCUCUUGGGGAAGACGAGAGGGGUAUUGAGGUUUUCCAGAGGGCUAUAGACUUGAAACCUGGCCAUGUCGAUGCUUUGUAUAAUCUAGGUGGGCUUUACAUGGAUUUAGGUAGGUUUCAGAGAGCUUCUGAGAUGUACGCUAGGGUUUUAGCUCUGUGGCCUAACCAUUGGCUUGCGCAAUUAAACAAAGCUGUUUCUUUGCUCGGUGCUGGUGAGACUGAAGAAGCUAAAAAGGCGCUUAAGGAAGCUUUGAAGCUGACUAACCGCGUUGAGUUGCAUGAUGCUGUAUCUCAUCUGAAACAUUUGCAGAAGAAGGGUAAGAACAAUGGAGGAGAAGGUGGUUUUAUCGUCGUGGAAGCUUCUAAGUUCAAAACCGUGGGAGAGAAAACAACUCUGAGGCCUGAUCUAGCCAUAGCUCUUCGAAUCAAAGCCUUUCAGAAGGUCACAAGGCUUGGCAAAUGCGACGUGGAGGCUGUGAGAAAGGAGAUGAGAGACAAGGAUGUUCCUGUGUCCUAUUCGGGAAGCGGAGGGCCGACCAAAUCAGUACGGAAACCCAAUGUAGAGGAGAUCCUCAGGCGUCUCCUUACUUCCUUGAAGCCUGAGGCUUUUCAAGGAGCUAUAAAGGCCAUAAACGAGAGGAUCCUCUCGGUUCUUGAUGACUCAGGGUCUGGAAGAGUCGACAUGGGCAUGUUCUACGCAGUGAUUGCGCCUCUGUGCGGUGGACAUUCAGGCAAACGCAAGAGAGUUGCCUUCGAGGCGCUUAUGUGGAGACCAGUGAACGAAGGAAGUUCUCAGAUUACAAAAGCGGAUGCUGACAAGUACAUCAAGCUCUUGAGAGCUAUCUACAUUCCAUCGCAGGGGAUGAGUGAGAUGUUAGAAGUUCACGGUGAAGAAGAAGGAGAAGCUGGUUCCUCCUCCGUGACAGUAACGUUUAGUCAGUUUCUAGACAUGUUGGAUGAUCCUGAUUGGGGGUUUGGCAUCAUGUCUACGGUUAUUAAACUGGAGAGUAACGACAGAAACCGGCAUGGGAACCAAGUGUGUUCGGUUUGUCGGUAUCCGAUUAUUGGAUCUCGGUUUAAGGAAGUGAAGGCUCGGUUUAGUUUGUGUAGCCAGUGUUAUAGUGAAGGGAAGGUUCCUCCUUCGUUUAAACAGGAGGAAUACAAGUUGAGAGAGUAUGUGAGUGAAGCUGAAGCGAUGAAAGCUAAGUGUGUUUGUUUCUCAGUGCAGUCUCAUAAGAAACCUAUUGCCACUUGAAAGAAACAAUGAAACUAACUCAUCAAGUUUUUUAUUUGAAUCUUUACUUCUAAUCUGCAAGUUGUAACGUUUUUUAUAUUAACUUGUGUGCAUAGUUUCAGUGAAAUGUAUUGUUGAGAGUGUAAUGAACGAUGUUCUUGCAUAUCAGAUGAGAGGUGGUGAACCAAUUAAUUGGUUUGGUUUUA